ACGGAGACCAACACCGCUGCCGUCACCUGAAAAGUCACCGUGCUCUGGCCCAGAUCAGCACCGCAGCUGUACACCUGAGACGAACAACAGAAACGAGCCAUAAAACCAGAGAAACAAUGAGCACAGAUCCAAGCUGUUGAGCAGGACAACAUAUAUCAGAAUUUCACAACGGGUUAUAAGAUCGUUAGAGUGAAGACACAUCAGCCUUAAACCAGAACCUAUUCUCUGGUACCACUUGGACAAGACACCGUGGAUAAGAAAUCAGUUGUGCGGUGGAUCAUGGAAAUCAAAGAGGAAGGAACCUCAGAAGAAGGCCAGCAUUUUCUUCCUACAGCUCAGGCAAAUGACCCUGAGGACAUUCAGUUCACAAGCCUUCAGAAGAUCCCCAAUGAGCCGCAGCUGGAGUUCAUCCUUGCGUGCAAGGAUCUUGUGGCUCCUGUCUGUGAUCGGAAACUGAACACCGCAGUGCAGAUCUCAGUCAUCCAUCCGGUGGAGCAGACCCUGACGAGGUACUCCAGCACAGAGAUUGUGGAGGGAACAAAAGACCCACUGUUCUUGACGGGUGUCACAUUCCCAUCCGAGUACCCCAUCUAUGAAGAGACUAGAAUAAAACUCACAGUCUAUGAUGUCAAGGAUAAGUCUCACGACACUAUUCGAACCAGUGUCCUUCCGGAGCACAAGGAUCCCCCUCCAGAAGUUGGGAGGAGUUUCCUGGGUUGUGCCAGUUUUCAAGUUGGGGAACUGCUGAGGUCCAAGGAGCAGCUGCUGUCGCUGAGCCUGAGAACCUCAGAUGGUGGCAAAGCAGUUGGCACCAUAGAAGUGAGCCUCGUGAAGAUGGGGGAGAUUGAGGAUGGGGAUACCGACCACAUCACGACAGAUGUGCAGGGACAAAAGUGUGCACUAGCGUAUGAAUGUACAGCAGCGGAAAGUGGGAGCGGGAAGGACAACUCACCUUUAUUAAAUGCAGUGUUAAGGAAUCCUGUGUGUAAGCUCUAUAGAUUCCCCACAUCCGACAACAAGUGGAUGCAGAUCCGCGAGCAGAUGUCGGAAAGCGUUCUUUCCUUCCAUAUCCCAAAGGAGUUAAUUGCCCUGAACAUAAAAGAAGACUUGUGUAGAAACCAGGAGCUAAAGGAGCUUGGUGACCUGUCUCCACACUGGGACAACCUACGGAAAAAUGUCCUGACUCACUGUGAUCAAAUGGUGACAAUGUACCAAGACAUUCUGACAGAACUUACCAAGGAAACAGGGUCCUCUUUCAAAUCCAGCAGCAGCAAAGGAGAGAAAACUUUAGAAUUUGUUCCAAUAAAUCUACACUUGCAGCGGAUGCAAGUGCACAGCCCUCACCUCAAAGAUGCUCUCUAUGAUGUCAUCACCGUGGGAGCCCCAGCUGCCCAUUUUCAGGGAUUCAAGAACGGUGGUCUUCGGAAACUACUCCAUAGAUUUGAGACAGAGAGAAGGAACACCGGCUACCAGUUUAUUUACUAUUCACCUGAAAACACAGCCAAGGCGAAGGAGGUGCUCAGCCACAUCAGUCAGCUGCAGCCUCUCAUAGCAACCCACGCCGACCUGCUGCUCAGCUCUGCCAGCAGGCGCUCUCCAGACAGCCUGAAGAGUUCUUUAAAGACGCUCUCCGAAAAAACUGAGCUUUUCGUGCACGCCUUCAAGGAUCAGCUGGUCAGGAGCGCUCUUCUAGCCCUCUAUACGGCAAGGCCAGGAGGCCUCCUUAAGAAACCACCCUCUCCUAAGGACAGCACAGAGGACACUUGUCCCCUGGAUGAGCCCCCUCAGCUGGGAAGACAAGACUCCAUACCACACCAUUCUGACUAUGAUGAAGAAGAGUGGGAUCGGGUGUGGGCCAACGUGGGGAAGAGCCUCAACUGCAUUAUCGCUACCGUGGACAAACUGAUUGAGAGAGAUGGUCACGACGGAGGUGGUCCCGGAGGCAGCAGUGGUCAAGAUGGAGACAUGGAGCCUUCCCUAGAGGAUUCCAUCACAUCUCACCCAAAGGAGGACUGGUAUGAACAGCUACAGCCCCUCAUCCUCACCCUGAAGGAGUGCAUGGGAGAGGUGGUGAGCCGAGCCAAGCAGUCCCUGACGUUUGUGCUGCUUCAGGAGCUAGCCUACAGCCUGCCCCAGUGCCUGAUGCUGACGCUGAGAAGGGACAUCGUCUUCAGUCAGGCGCUUGCUGGAUUGGUGUGUGGUUUUAUCAUCAAGUUACAUACAAGUCUGCACGACCCCGACUUCCUCCAGCAGCUUCACACAGUGGGCUUGAUAGCGCAGUAUGAAGGACUGCUAAGCACCUACAGUGAUGAAAUUGGAAUGCUAGAGGACAUGGCUGUCGGCAUUUCAGACUUGAGGAAAGUUGCAUUCAAAAUAACCGAAGCCAAGUCUAGUGAUGACCUGCCCGUUCUCACAGGAAGGCGUGAACACUACGUGGUGGAGGUCAGGCUCCCGGCUGCCGUGUUUGAGUCGCUCCCUCUGCAGAUUAAAGAAGGCCAGCUGCUCCACGUCUAUCCCGUUCUGUUUAACGUUGGAAUCAACGAACAGCAGACUCUUGCUGAGAGGUUUGGAGAUGUUUCUUUGCAAGAAAGUAUUAAUCAAGAAAAUUUUGAACUCGUUCAAGAAUAUUAUUCGAUAUUUACGGAAAAGAUGCCACCUGAUUAUAUUUCACAUUUCCAAGAACAAAAUGAUUUAAAAGGAUUGUUGGACAGUCUCCAUCAAAAUAUUCAAGCCAAAAAAAGAAAGAAUGUAGAGAUCAUGUGGCUGGCAGCAACAAUUUGUCGCAAACUCAACGGUAUCCGCUUCACCUGCUGUAAAAGCGCCAAAGACAGGACCUCGAUGUCAGUGACGCUGGAGCAGUGCUCCAUCCUGAGGGACGAGCACCAGCUGCACAAAGACUUCUUCCUCCGAGCCUUGGACUGCAUGAGAAGAGAAGGAUGCCGCAUAGAGAACGUACUGAAGAAUAUCAAAUGCAGAAGGUAUGCUUUCAACAUGCUACAGCUGCUGGCUUUCCCCAAGUGCUACCGGCCUCCAGAAGGCACUUACGGAAAAGCUGACACCUAACUCUCCCAGCCUGGAAACAAACAGGAACACAGAUACCUUGCGUUUGGAAGAUCUACACCUCUGCCUUUUUUUUGUUUUUUAUUGUUAUGAGUUUUUGGAGCGCGGUACUUAUGGGUGUUGUUCAUAUCCAAGCCAAUACAUCACUCAGAAAGCGACCCAGCACCACUCUGUCCAGUCUGUCUGUUCUUCUUUGUGUUAACUCUUACCGGUUGAAGUUAGUUCAGAAACUUUAAGGAACUAAAAGUGCAAAGAAAUUUAAGAAUAGAGUCUUCUGGUGCCCACAUAAAGAUGCUUAGCAGCUGGAAUCUCAUUUGGAGAAAUCCAGAGACGUGAGAGACAUAUGUAUGAGGUGUUCCCUGCCAGUGCUAUUACUGUGUGACUUUGCAGUCUAUCAUAGGUCUAUAUGAAGCGGAGAAUCCUAUAACAUACAUGAGUAAUAAACAGUGAUAAAUUUACACAGUGAUUUUCAGUUAAUUGGGAUUUCAGAUCUGUCCUUAUGGUAAAAUACCACUACAUGUAAAACUGCUAACAUUCCAAAUUACUGGUUUCCCUAGAGACCAACCACAUUGGAUAAGUUUAUAAUUCAAAAAAUGAGUAAAUCAAGACAGGUUGCUCAUGACUUCAGAAGAGCCAUUACAGCCACCCUGACAUCUAUCUCUUUGAGACUCCCUAACCUGCCACUCCUGUCGUCUGCAGAUCGCUACACUAGCUAUCUAUGAACCGUCACAGAGGGGAGUCAAAUAGAAAUUAGGAUUUAUCACUGGAAUGCACACUUAGAGUAAAGUGAUCUGAAAGAAAAUCUGUAUUCUUCGCAUUCUCACCAGUGGGAAGUGCUGUGCAAGCCCGUGUCUCCUCUGAGCCACCAGAGGGUUCCAACUCAGACACUGCUGUCACUUCAUCCAAAGGUUGUCCUUUGUCUUCACAGUGACAUGACAGCUCUUUGCCUAAGAUGCUUCCUGUGCAGGCUUAUCAGAUAGAUCUCCAGUCCCGUGUUGAGUAUUUCAAAAGCCUGAGGAUAGAUGAUAACCCCCUGAGGUUUCUACAUGGAAUUAUCCAUUUCUUAUUUUAGCUAAUAGCCUAUGGUUUUUGCCAAAGCAGUCACUAAACUAUUUGUAGCCUUUAAAAAUGGAAAAAAUGCAUCUAAAUAUGAAAAUAAUUAUCUAGUGUUCCGAGAGCUGGUCUCCAUUUCAGUGAUUUAAUGUAAUCUUUCGUUUGACUUUUAGCUAGGUGGUAGGAUUUGUGGCUAUUCUUGUUACUGUAUUGAGUUGAAGACAGUCGUGAUGACUGAGGUUUGAUUAGCUCUGAGCUGUUCUUAGUAUUUUAAGUGGUGAUAUUCAUCCCAGGACAUCUCAUAUGAUGUUUUUAGCUCAGAAAUGUUUUAUAAACAAUAAUUGUUUAUAUAUUUUUAUAAACUAACCAUCUUAACUAAAAUAUACUAAAUAUUUAUUAACUGGAAAGCCAAUAGUAAGGUUUCCAGUUUUGCAUGACGUUUCAUAAGACAUAUUUUUCUUUGUCAACAAAUGCUAAUACAGAAAUAUCAAAGAUGGGCCUGACUAUACUGUACAUGCAAAUGAAUGUUUAUUCACUGACAGCAUCGCCAUCAUUCCCUGUGGGAAUUUAUGCAUCCAUUCUUAUUUCCUAAAAAUUCUUAUUUCCUAAACAUGACAGCUCUUCUCCAAAUGCACUCAGACAACCACUUCAUGACUUUCUGAAUCAAACCAUAGAUGACAUAUUUUAGAAACUCCCUUGUACAAACGCAGGCCCAGUCAUGCAGUCCUCUCAGCUCCGUCAUACUGUUCUACCCAUGUUCUCACUGAAAAGCUGCACCACCAGCAUGUCUAGGGAAGCACACUGAGUCAAACGAUUUAUCAAGAAAAUGACAUUUCUAAACAACGCAGUCUUCUUCCUCACAAAUAAGAUUUUCUCCUAUUCUCAUCAAACGCAGGUAUCAAUUCUGGAUUAACUAUUUACAGACCCCUGAAAGAAACAUUUUAAGAGCACAAAAAAACAAAGCCAUGAUUGUUAUCCAAAAGUCUAGAGUGUGUGUCUGUCUUCCAGACAGCUAACUAUACCCUUGAACCAUCUGACUGAACCAGGGCCGUAUUUGUGUGUACCAGCUCACUAAAUUUCCACCUCUGCUUUUCCUCCUACGUAUUACUGUGAGUUCAACCACACACCGCUUUUCCUUCUACGUAUUGCCCUGAGUUCACCCACGCACCGCUUUUCCUCUUACGUAUUGUCCUGAGUUGAAUCCACACACCGCUUUUCCUCCUAUGUAUUGUCCUGAGUUCACCCACGCACUGCUUUUCCUCCUACGUAUUAUUGUGAGUUCAUCCAGGCACCGCUUUUCCUCCAUCUAAACGCUAACACUGUGUGGUCAGCCUGGUAAAUCCAGCAGGGCCCUGGUAACUGCACGAGGUGGCUGAUGAAUGAUGUAAAAUCUGCCUACUCUACAGUCAGGGCGAUUCUCCAUGUGGCCACUAAUCACUCCUGCUGCCGCUGCUUCCUACAAACAGGAAGUCUUGAAGGCUACCACUGACUGGAUGGCGCACCCACCCUUCCACACGUUAAGUGGUUUUCAUAAAGUAGAACUCAGAAUGGCAAAAGGGAGGGAACGUGAUUGUUUUUUUUCUAAUCAGAUCAAAUCCCUCCCUCUGCAGAGAUACUCUGCAAGAGACGUUCUCCCUGCUGUGCCCGAAGAGAUGCAUGAGAGGUGGUCGUUGAGUUUUCAGGAAUGGCACAAACUGGUGGCUGCGCAGUGGCAUAGCUGUCCAUAAGUCGUUAAAUGAGUUUAUUAAAAGUAAAGAUGACAGUCAUAGCUUAGGACUUCCUAGAUUUUUAAAAAUCAAAUUCUGCAGUUUAUCCCGCUUCUAAGUGUUGUUGGCUCUGGUGGUUCUGUGCGGUGUAAAUGCCGUAUUGAUAACGCGCACCUGUGAAUCUCCUGAAUCCACAUUUGAGAAGGCAGUGUUGGUAUCUGGAAAUCAGCCACUGCGGGAAUAUUCACACCACAGAAACUGGCGAAUGCCAUAAACUAGGACAUUUAGAUCUUACUGCGGUUAAGCAGUUCCCAACUAGUGCAUGGCUCUGAGUCACUACGACAAUUUCUCAGAAAAUACCAGAUUAUUGAAGGGAGGUUACCAUUAUUAGGAUGGUUUUAAAUGAAAGUAAUCUUAUUCGGAUUAUUGUGAUUUUAUGUUUGAUGUUUUCAACUUUAAGGAAACAGGCAUGUCUAUACACUAGAGUGGAAACAUUUUUUUUUCAUAAUCAGUUAUUACAUUAGAGGACAAGUUUAAAAGCUAUCAGUAGUGUGCUGCAGGUGGCCUUGAGCAAGACAGCCUUAUUGUAACUGAUACAUCAGGACUAAAGUCAGGUAAUGGGAAGCUAAUUAUAAUAUAACUACAAUACACUUCAUCUCAAUUUCUAAGUGUAUGGUUAUGGCAUUGCUGACAGGAGAGUGGAAUCAUAUUACUAUAGUCAAUGUUUACUACGGUGAUCACAGUUGAAACCUAGACUGAUUAGGUAAAGUAAGCCCUGACAAUAUGCUGAUACAACCCAGAUAUAUGUAUUUGAUUCUCAAGGGACAUAGUAUUCUAGUUCAAUAAGAGGGACACAUUUUGUAAUCUUUUAUGAACUAAAUUAAUUAUGGGGAAGGUUCAAGGAAGGCUUUCUCUUUUUAACACACAUUUCAGAACCUUGUUUGAGCCCCUGAUCAGCAGGGUGGAGGGAAGCAGGCAGAGUGGGCACAAAACAUCUCUGCUAUCUAGAAGUUGUCUAACAAUGUGCUCUACUCAUAACUGAAAAAAAAUUAAAUUUUCUAAGAACUUGCACAGCUUAUGGACAGGUUUAACAUAAAUUUAUAUUCAUCCAUCCCACUUCCAAUCUGUGUAAGCUAUGACCCAUAUUUAUGAUAUUAACUUUUUAAGUAAAAUAUCCUUGUAUAGAUUAUCUUUUAUUUCUCUGACAGCUUGAAAUUAGAUGUUUUUCUUUGCAUCUUUCCACACAAAGAUGCAAACUAUAGUACACACUGUCUUUAAAAAUAGAAAGAUAAAAAUCAACAUUUUAGACAAAAUCCAGGCUGCCCAUUAAUAUUGAGUUAAGGAACAGAAAUUUUCCCUCUUCCUGAGCAAUGGGGCAUGCUAAUUUCUCUUUGAAUUUUAUUUCUAAGACUAUAAAAUACAUCAGUUUUGCUUCUGAUUGAAGAGGACCAGACAAUACUUAACUAGAGAAAGGGACACGUAUAAGGUAAUACAAAUCCCUCAAAUGGUGAAUCCAAUUGCUCUUCCUGAGCUUGGAUUUUUACUCAGACAUGCGUAUUUAAAGAAAAAGAAGUUCAGACUUUAGCUCUAAAUAGCAUAGACAUUAGCAUAAAUGCAACUUGUAAAAAUGCUUCUGUAGGACUCAGCCGUUAAGGGCACUAGCUGCUCUCCCAAAGGUUUUGAGUUCAAUUCAAAGCAACCACAUGGUGGCUCACAACCAUCUGUAAUAAGAUCUGAUGCCCUCUUCUGGUCUGCAUGCAUACAUGCAGGAAGAACACUGUAUAGAUAAAUAAAUGAAUAAACCUUUAAAAAAUUGCUUCUGUCUAUAAGCCAUGUGCUAUGGUACACACCAGUACACUCUCAGUAACAGCAGUAUUUAAAGACAAAGGUAUAUACCAUUCUGCACCAGAAGAAUUUCUAUAGACAUUUUAAAUUAUUCCCCUGUAAUGAAAGGGCACAGUAUAGCAGAAUGUCUUUUGUGAUGGCGGUGUUCAUCAGGAGGCUCUAGACUCAAAUUUGGCCAAUAUGUCUACAAUAUCUCUAUAAUUCUUGAAAUUACUAUGUCACCAUCAACAUCAUAACCUAUCUGUGUUGAAGAGCCUGCACACUUUUCAAACUGCAGAACUGUCAUGGAUCUGCAUAUGCCACCCUUUGUGCAUGUAUUUUCUUCUGUGAACAUUUUGUCUUUUCACACAUUUGCAGAUUCUUGUGUUAUUCAUUUGAAAGGUUGACCUUUCUUUUUAUAUUAAAUAUAUAUCCAAGAAGAACCAAUAAUGCAUAUUCCCAGGAAAUGAAUCUCAGAUAGAUAGAUCAUCUUAUAUUAGCAUUUGAAGAAAUAUAACAUUCAUCUUAUUUUGUGUAAAUCAUAUUCAUUGUGCACUGUAUGUAUAUUUUUGUUGAAAUAAAUAUGGUUUUAUUUUUA